AUGCUACUCGGCCGUUUUCCAAAUGUGAGAUCAUUGCAACUGAUUCAUCGUAAAUCCGAUCUACAGCUCAUGCCCGCCAACUCCCUCGUGGGUGAUUUGUGCAGUAUGGUGUCCCCCAACCGCCCCAGAACGCAGAUCCAACGCGCGGGGGCGGUUCGCCUGUCUUGGACUUGCAUUUCGGGCCUUGACACGUCUCCACUGACAAACGAAGAAUCCGAGCCUCGUGUCCGAGGAGCGAAACGUCCCAAGUCCCUUUUUCUCUUAUCGGCGAGCCAUGAUGAGCGGUGUCGGGCCUGUAAUACGUACAACAACGUGCCGAAGUAA